UGACGUCAUCACCCCGCGCCCACCGCGACCAUUUCUAGCAGGGCUCCGGGCAGUGUUCCGCGCCAUGGGGACUUGGUUGCGUUUUGCUGGGGUGUCGCUCCUGGGUGGUGGCAGGGCCACGACCUUGCGUGGGGGAAGGCAAGCGUUGAUUUGUCGGCGCCAGUUAUCUGGCACCGAGAGUGAGACCAUAAAACAAAGAAGAUCACAAAUCAUGUCCCGAGGACUUCCAAAGCAGAAACCCAUAGAAGGUGUUAAACACGUUAUAGUUGUGGCUUCUGGAAAGGGUGGAGUUGGAAAGUCUACUACAGCAGUGAACCUUGCCCUUGCACUAGCAGCGAAUGAUUCGUCAAAAGCCAUUGGUUUGUUAGAUGUGGAUGUAUAUGGCCCUUCAAUUCCAAAGAUGAUGAACCUGAAAGGAAAUCCAGAACUAUCACAGAGCAACCUAAUGAAGCCUCUUUUGAAUUAUGGUAUCGCGUGUAUGUCAAUGGGCUUCCUGGUUGAAGAGACUGCACCAGUUGUUUGGAGAGGUCUUAUGGUAAUGUCAGCCAUUGAGAAAUUGUUGAGGCAGGUAGAUUGGGGUCAACUGGACUAUUUAGUUGUUGACAUGCCACCAGGAACUGGAGAUGUGCAGUUAUCUGUCUCACAGAAUAUUCCCAUUUCAGGUGCUGUGAUUGUCUCCACGCCCCAGGAUAUUGCCCUGAUGGAUGCGCACAAAGGAGCCGAAAUGUUUCGAAAAGUUCAUGUGCCUGUUCUUGGUCUUAUCCAAAACAUGAGUGUUUUCCAGUGUCCCAAAUGUAAACACAAAACUCAUAUUUUUGGUGCUGAUGGUGCAAGAAAACUAGCACGGACCCUUGAUCUUGAUGUUCUAGGAGACAUUCCCUUACACCUUAAUAUAAGGGAAGCUUCAGAUACAGGCCAGCCAAUUGUAUUUUCACAGCCUGAAAGUGAUGAGGCCAAAGCUUACCUGAAGAUUGCUGCGGAAGUGGUAAGAAGAUUGCCACCACUUCCAGAGUAAUUCCCAAGUGUCCUGGAAAUCUGUUUGGUACUUGACAAUAAGAGGAUCCUUGGAAUUUAGCAGUGUGGUGCUGGAACCUACAGAAAUAAUAGCAAUCAUAAUUGCUUUCUUAUAUGUCUAAAGAAAAAAUGUAUUAUUUUCCAGUUUGUUUUGCCAGGCAGAGACUCAUAGAUAGAAGUUUUAUGUAUCAGUGCUUGCUGCCAUUUUUAGGAUUUUUUUUUUUUGAAUGUUGAUUUGUACCAACUGCACAGAACUGCAGUUAGCAUUUUAUUUUAUUGAACUACCCUGGGGAAUCAUGAGUUUAUGAUAAUACAAGCUCAAUCUGAGAGAGAAGUGCAUUCUUUUUAUAGGAACAUAGAGUCAGAGUCAUUUGAAUGAUUUAUUAAAUGUAUGUAUGGACAUCACAGUGAGACUUCUCCACCAGCCAAUUUGGUUUGGGUUUGAACCCUAUUUUUCAUGUUAUCUUGGACAUAUUCUUUACAUAUGAACCUCUGCUUCUUCAUCUGACCAGACUCUACCCUAGGUUCAGUGAAUCUUCAUCUGCAGCAGUAGGGCCUGGAAAUGUUUAUUUUUAGCAAGACCUUGAUAAUUUUAAUGAUGAUUCUGAUUUGGAUGACAAUAAUAAUAAUAAAAUAAUAGCUCACA